UGUUGCUAAAAAGGAGAAGCCAGAAGAGCCCGAUCAUUUCUGUGCAAGGCCAGCUGCUUGGAGCAUGAAGCCGGAAUUUGAAACGCCUGUGAAGCUGAAGGCACAGCACUGCUCUCUUCUACCAGCUGGAGCAGAUCCCCAAAGGGAAAACCUCAAUAAGGACUUUCAUCUUGGGAAAGAAAUGCCCAACUACGACUCCCUGGAAAAAACAGAGGGGGGCAAGAUAGAAGAAAAGAAACCCCGAGCAGAGGAAGGGGCCUUUAGUGGUAAUGCUCCUGAAACGCCGCAUUCACCAGAUUGUGACACUCUUGUGCCAGAUGUCACCUUGGGUAAAUCUCAAGAAAUGUCACAUUCACCGGACAGUGACACUUCUGUGAUAGACCUCACCUCAGGUAAAUCUCCAAAAAUGCCACAUUCACUGGACAGUGAAACUCUUCUGCCAGAUAUCACCUCAGGUAGUGCUCAUGAAAAACCGCAGUCCCAGAGCUGUGACACUCUUGUGCCAGAUCUCAACUUGGGUAAUGGUCAUGAAAUGCCGCAUUCACCAGAUUGUGACACUCUUGUGCCAGACAUCACCUCGGGUAAAUCUCAAGAAAUGCCGCAUUCACCGGACAGUGACACUUCUGUGAUAGACCUCACCUCAGGUGAAGCUCAAGAAAUGCCACAUGAACCGGACAGUGACACUCCUGUGCCAGACCUAACCUCGGGUGAAGCUCAAGAAAUGCCACAAGAACCGGAUAGUGACACUCCUGUGCCAGACCUCACCUCGGGUAAUGCUCAUGAAACUUUGCAGUCCCUGAACUCUGACACCCUUGUGCCAGACCUCACCUUGGGUAAUGGUCAUGAAAUGUCGCAUUCACCAGAUUGUGACACUCUUGUGCCAGACAUCACCUCGGGUAAAUCUCAAGAAAUGUCACAUUCACUGGACAGUGACACUUCUGUGAUAGACCUCACCUCAGGCAAUGCUCAUGAAAUGCCUCAUUCACCAGAUUAUGACACUCUUGUACCAGAUGUCACCUCGGGUGAAGCUCAAGAAAUGCCACAUGAAUCGGAAAGUGACACUCCUGUGCCAGACCUCACCUCGGGUGACCACAGGAACUCAGAACUGAGAAUCAUCCUUGUUGGCAAAAGCGGUGGUGGGAGAAGUGCAACUGGAAACACCCUCCUUGGGCAGAACCUGUUCAAAUCCCAACUUGGGGCAAAGGCAGUAACCAUGAGGUGUGAGAAAGGACAAGGCAGGCGCAAGGAACAAGGAAUCAUGGUGAUUGACACCCCAGAUCUGUUUAACCCCCACAGCUGCAAUGCAGAAAUCUACGAAGAAGUCAAGCACUGCCUCGCACUCUCCCAGCCAGGACCCCACGCAGUCGUGCUGGUGACCCAGCUGGGCCGUUACACUGAGGAGGACAAGGCAGCUGUGAAGAGGGUCCAGGAUGUGUUUGGGAAGGAAGUCCUGAAGCACACCAUCAUCUUAUUCACCCGGAAAGAAGACUUGGGUAAUGGGUCCCUAAAGGAAUAUGUGACUCAGUUACGCAACAAAGAUCUUCAGGCCCUGAUCCGGAAGUGUGGGGAGCGAUUCUGUGCCUUCAACAACAGAGCAACAGGGGAAGAACAGAAUGAGCAGGCUAAUGAGCUGAUGGACAUGAUCCAGAGGAUGGUCCAGCAGAAUGGAGGUGGCUAUUAUUCCAACAAGAUGCAUCUGGAACCAAGCAUAACUGAAGAGAGAUUGAGAGACCACAUGAAAGGAUGCAAUAUAGCCAGGGUACAGGCUGAGAAAUGCAUCUCUAAAAAAUAUCUGGGGGUUCUUUUUGCUAUUUGUGUUGCAGUUCUUAUUGUUCUCCUUCUUGUUUUCCUUCUUUAGACAUUAAUUGUGUGUCAUCUCAGUUCUCCAGCCAGCAUCACCCCAAUGUUACUAUUGUUAAUCAUUUUUAUUGUGCUGAUGCUUACGAGCCAAUCAAACAGAUGCCUGUUGUGCCUCAUCAGUGUAGCACCUUUGUACUAAACACAAUUCAGGUGAUUAGUACUUUCUCUUUACUAAAAUUUACAGCAGAACAGUUUAACUUUGCUGGGUCUGCUUCCAACUGCAGCUCACCUGGGUUUACAAAGUUUAUCCCCUCUGCAGAAGAAGAGGCUACAGCGGGGAAGAGCACAACAUUAUAUCAGGUCUCGCCAAGUCUAAAGGCUGUCAGAGUGAUGAACAACAAAAAUGGCUGCUCUUUGCCACACAGGGCAGUGCCUGAGGUAGGUUUGUUCUACAGCAAAGCAAAUUCAGUUAAAGUCUCAGGAAGUAUUUCCUGCCUGUAAGAGCAUCAGGACAGUGGGACAAGCUACCUAAGAAGCUGUGGGAUGUCCUUUGUUGGAGAAUUUCCAAUAGAGGUUGGACAUGUGUUUGUGCAGGAUGGAUCCAGGUGCAUGGACCAGAUGACCCCUGAGGCCCGUUUCACCUCUAGGAUUUUGUGGUCUCCACUUGUGUAAGUGGAUAAUGCAGAUUUGGGCCAAUGUAGUUGUUCCCAAUGAAGUUUUGCAGCUGUGUGUUUUAACUGGCUUCUGAGCAGUACCUUAGAUUUACUACCAGGUAUCAGAGAACAGAAUUUGUACAGAGACUUGGAUGGAUCUUGGAAGUCCCUUGGAGACUUGUACAGGGACCUGUGUGAUAUCUUCAAUCAUCACAGCAGUUCAAAUUCUGCAGCACCAAGCAUGGCAUCUUUGUAAUGAAACAUAAGGUCCUGACACUCUCAAGCUCACAGUCAGACAUGGUAUAACAAGGUGUAAAUUAUUUUGAUAUUUUGCAAGACAUCAGCAAUGUGCCCAUAAAGUUCAUUUGUGGUAAUGUACAGUUAGAGAAGUUCAUACAUACAGAACCAAGAGGAGAAAUAGGAAAAGCAAAAGAGAAAGAGAGUGACACGAGGCCCCCUUGUAGACCUUUGUGUUUAGCACUGGUGACUGUGAGCAUUUCCAGAUGACCUUGGUAAGUGGUUCUAGGCCUGUAUGUCAUUCCAAGCUUGUCCAUCAUUGAUGGUGCUUGUCUCAAUUGCAGUCUUCCUCCUGCAGGCAAGCAGUCUUGGUAAAGGGAGUUUUGCUGCCUGGACAGAGCUCUGGCCUCAUCAGCUUCUGAGAACAGAGGAAAAUAUGUCCUUGAGCCUACAGUGCUGAGGUGGAGGGAGUCAAGGUGUAUUUGCACCCCCUCCAUCCACCCCUUUGAUUCCUGCUCCAUCUAAACAAAAAACAGUACCUGCCCAUGGCAGCAGCAUUUUUAUUCAGGCAGCAGUUGACGGAGUAUAUUGAUGUCAUGGCUCAUUAUAAUAUAUCUGAUUCCUUCUAAACUCUUCAUCCCACAGGUGUUAACAAUGCUCUCUCCUUUUUAACUGUUUUGAUUUGCACUAGUCAAACUAUCUUUUCUUCUGCUGUUCUGCUGUCUGUUAGUGGAUCCCAGUUAUUUAGUCUCCAUUGCACAGCCAUGCAGGCUGUUUUUAACUCUAGCUAAAAUUAUCAGCUCAGAUGAAGAAAUAACUUUCAGUGAAGUACUGGAUGUGUUGUCAAGAUGGUCAAGAAAGCUAGAUAUUAUUUUAUGAAUCUGAAAAAGAGAUGACUAUUUAAUUCUAAGGACUAUCAUAUAAAUGAAACAUAUUUUAAUUCAUUUUUUGGCCUAGUUUGUUCUGUCUCAUAUACAUGAAAGCACAUUCCAAUAAAGUUCUUGCAGUAU